UCCAGAGUCACACUCUGCCCCAACCCUAGGCUGGCCAGAGGGGAGCAGGUGGUGAGACCAGUGCUCUGGCCUCUCCCAGGUCCCCAGCCAUGCGGCUCCUCUGCGGCCUGGCCUGGGUGUGGAGCGUCUUUGCCUUGUCUCUGCAGGAGCCCAGGUUGCUGCUGUUCUCCCCUUCUGUGGUUAACUUGGGGGUCCCCUUGUCAGUGGGGGUGCAGCUCCAGGAUGCCCGUCCAGGAGAGAAAGUGAGUGGAUCAGUGUUCCUGAGAAACCUGAACAGUCGCCUCUGCUCCCCAAAGAAGUCGUUUGUGCUCAGCUCAGGAAAUGACUUUGUGCUUCUCAGCCUCGAGGUCCCACUGAAGGAUGUGAGGGACUGUGGCCUCUUUGACCUCCGCGGAGCCCCCCACGUCCAGCUGGUGGCUCAGUCUCCGUGGCUAGAGAACUUAGAGCCCAAAGGCAUAAGCACCCAAGGUGUCAACCUGCUCUUCUCUUCUCGCCGAGGACACAUCUUUGUGCAGACUGACCAGCCUAUUUAUAACCCUGGCCAGCGGGUUCGAUACCGGGUCUUUUCGCUGGAUCAAAAGAUGCGCCCAGCCACUGACACCCUUGUGAUUACGGUGGAGAACUCCCAUGGCCUCCGCGUACGCAAGAAGGAGGUGUUUGCCCCCACUUCCAUCUUCCAGGAUGACUUCAUCAUCCCAGACAUCUCAGAGCCAGGGACCUGGAAGAUCUCGGCGAGAUUCUCAGACAGCCUGCAGUCCAACAGCAGUACCCACUUUGAAGUGAAGAAAUACGUCCUUCCCAACUUUGAAGUGAAGAUUACUCCCAAGAAGCCGUAUAUCCUGACUGUACCCAACAACGCUGAUGAAAUCCAGUUGGACAUCCAGGCCAGGUAUGUCUACGGGAAGCCCGUGAAGGGUGUGGCUUACACCCGCUUUGCACUCAUGGACGAGCAUGGGAAGAAGACUUUCCUUCGGGGCCUAGAGAGCCAGAGCAAGUUGGUGGAAGGCCAGAGCCACGUUUCCAUCUCAAGGGAACAGUUCCAGGCUGCCCUGGACAGGCUCAACGCUGGGCUCAGGGACCUGGAGGGGAUGCGUCUCUACACCGCCACGGCCGUCAUUGAGUCCCCAGGUGGAGAGAUGGAGGAGGCGGAGCUCAUGUCCUGGCGCUUCGUGUCCUCUGCCUUCUCCCUGGAUCUCAGCAACAGCAAGCAGCAUCUUGUGCCUGGGGCUCCCUUCCUGCUGCAGGCCCUGGUCCGAGAAAUGUCAGGCUCCGUGGCCCCUGACGUUCCCGUCAAGGUUUCUGCCACGUUGCUGUCCGGCUCUGACUCAAAAGCCCUCGACUUUCAACAGGACACCAACAGGCUUGGCCAAGUCAGCAUUCCCGUGCCGGUCCCGCCGACCAUCACAGAGCUUCGGCUCUUGGUGUCUGCGGGCUCGCUGUACCCAGCCGUCGCCAGGCUCACCAUGCAAGCCCCGCCUUCCAGAAGCUCGGGCUUUCUGUCCAUUGAGCCGCUCGACCCCCGGGCCCCAAGUGUGGGGGACACCCUCACCCUGAACCUGCGGACCGUGGGCACCCAAGGGGCUGCUUUCUCUCACUACUAUUACAUGCUCGUCUCCCGGGGCCAGAUCGUGGCUGCCAGCCGGGAGCCCAGGAGCACCGUGACCUCUGUCUCCGUGUUCGUGGACCACCGCCUGGCGCCCUCCUUCUACUUUGUGGCCUACUUCUACCACCAGGGACUCCCAGUGGCCAACUCCCUGCUCAUCAACGUCCAGCCUGGGGACUGUGAGGGCAAGCUUGAACUGAACGUGGAUGGCCCCAAGGAGUACCGCAAUGGGGACAGCAUGAAGCUCCAGAUUCGGACAGACUCCCCAGCCCUGGUGGCCCUGGGGGCCGUGGACACGGCUCUGUACGCCGUGGGUGGCCGGUCUCACAGACCACUGGACAUGAGCAAGGUGUUUGAGGUCAUGAACAGGUACAACCUGGGCUGUGGUCCUGGAGGUGGGGACAGCGCCCUGCAGGUGUUCCAGGCUGCUGGCCUGGCCUUUUCUGACGGUGACCGACUGACUGAAGCCAGAAGGGACCUGAGCUGUCCCAAGGAGAAGAAAAGCCGGCAAAAGAGAAGCGUGAACUUUCAGAAGGCUGUCAGCGAGAAGUUGGGCCAGUACGCUUCUCCAGACUCCAAGCGCUGCUGCCAGGACGGGCUGACGAGGUUGCCCAUGGCGCGCACCUGCGAGCAGCGGGCAGCCCGAGUGCCAAAGCCGGCCUGCCGGGAGCCCUUCCUGUCCUGCUGCAAGUUUGCGGAGGAACUUCGCAAGAACCAGAGCAGGAGCCAGGCAGGCCUCGCCCGGGCCCAGGAGAUGCUGCAGGAGGAGGACCUGAUUGACGAAGAUGACAUUCUCGUGCGCAGCUUCUUCCCCGAGAACUGGCUCUGGAAAGUGGAGACGGUGGACCGUUCCAAACUGCUGACGCUGUGGCUCCCCGACUCUCUGACCACGUGGGAGAUUCACGGCGUGAGCCUGUCUGAGAGCAAAGGCCUGUGUGUCGCCACGCCCACGCGUGUCCGCGUGUUCCGGGAGUUCCACCUGCACCUGCGCCUCCCCGUCUCUGUCCGCCGCUUUGAGCAGCUUGAACUACGGCCCGUUCUCUAUAACUAUCUGAACACUAAUGUGACAGUCAGUGUCCAUGUGUCCCCUGUGGAGGGGCUGUGCCUGGCUGGGGGCGGAGUGCUGGCCCAGCAGGUGUUGGUGCCUGCAGGCUCCGCCCGGCCUGUGGCCUUCUCCGUGGUCCCCACGGCUGCUGCCUCCGUGCCCCUGAAAGUGGUGGCUCGGGGGUCUUUUGAGUCCCCAGUGGGAGAUGCUGUGUCUAAGAUUCUGCAAAUUGAAAGGGAAGGGGCCAUCCACAGAGAAGAGCUGGUCUACGAACUCAACCCCAUGGAUUAUCGAGGCCGGAGUCUGGAAAUUCCCGGAAGCUCUGAUCCCGACAUCAUCCCUGAAGGAGAGUUUAGCAGUCUCGUCAGGGUCACAGCCUCUGAACCCUUGGAGACUUUGGGAUCUGAAGGCGCCCUGUCCCCAGGAGGCGUGGCCUCUCUCCUGAGGCUUCCCCGGGGCUGCGCAGAACAAACCAUGGUCUAUUUGGCCCCUACCCUGACUGCCUCCCGCUACCUGGACAAGACAGAGCAGUGGAGCAGACUGGCCCCUGAGACCAAGGACCGUGCUGUGGAUCUGAUCCAGAAAGGCCACAUGCGGAUCCAGCAGUUCCGCAAGAAAGAUGGCUCCUUUGGGGCGUGGCUACACCGGGACAGCAGCACCUGGCUCACGGCCUUUGUGCUGAAGAUUCUGAGUCUGGCCCAGGAGCAGGUGGGCGACUCCCCGGAGAAGCUUCAGGAGACAGCUGAGUGGCUGCUGUCGCAGCAGCUGGGGGACGGCUCCUUCCACGACCCGUGUCCAGUCAUCCACAGAGACAUGCAGGGCGGCUUGGUGGGGACAGAUGAGACCGUGGCGCUCACUGCCUUCGUUGUCAUUGCCCUUCACCAUGGGCUGGCGGUCUUCCAGGACGGGGGCGCCCCACAGCUGAAGAACAGAGUGGAGGCCUCCAUCUCCAAGGCAAACUCAUUCUUGGGGCAGAAGGCAAGUGCCGGGCUCCUGGGUGCCCACGCAGCCGCCAUCACAGCCUAUGCCCUGACGCUGACCGAGGCCUCCGAGGACCUGCAGAAUGUCGCCCACAACAGCCUGAUGGCCAUGGCUGAGGAAACGGGCGAGAACCUCUACUGGGGCUCAGUCGCUGGCUCCCAGGACAAAGCCGGCUCACCCACCCCAGCUCCUCUUAGCCCAUCCGAGCCCGUGCCCCAGGCCCCGGCGCUGUGGAUUGAAACCACGGCCUAUGCCCUGUUACACCUGCUGCUGCGGGAGGGCAAGGGAGAGAUGGCCGACAAGGCCGCGGCCUGGCUCACCCACCAGGGCAGCUUCAAAGGGGCAUUCCGCAGCACCCAGGACACGGUGAUCACCCUGGACGCCCUGUCCGAGUACUGGAUCGCCUCCCAUACCCGGGAGGAGAAGGCACUCAAUGUGACUCUCAGUUCCUUUGGCCGCAGUGGGUUCAAGUCCCACCUGCUGCAACUUAACAACCACCAAGUCAAGGGCCUGGAGGAGGAGCUGAAGUUCUCUCUGGGCAGCAAGAUCGAUGUGAAGGUGGGAGGAAACAGCAAAGGCACCUUGAAGAUCCUCCGUUCCUACAACGUCCUGAAUUUGAAGAACACGACCUGCCAGGAUCUGCAGAUGGAAGUGACCGUCACGGGCUAUGUGGAAUACACAAGGGAAGCCAACGAGGACUAUGAAGACUACGAGUACGACCUGCCGGCCGCAGAUGACCCCCGUGCCCACCUGCAGCCUGUGACGCCCCUGCAGCUGUUUGAGGGCCGGAGGAGCCGGCGCAGGCGGGAGGCGCCCAAGGCCGAAGAGGAGCAGGAAUCCAGGGUGCAGUACACCGUGUGCAUCUGGCGCAAGGGCGACGUGGGGCUGUCCGGCAUGGCCAUCGCAGACAUCACCCUUCUGAGUGGCUUCCAUGCCCUGAGGGCCGACCUGGAGAAGCUGACCUCACUCUCUGACCGCUACGUCAGUCACUUCGAGACCGAUGGGCCCCACGUCCUGUUGUACUUCGACUCGGUCCCGACCACCCGGGAGUGUGUGGGCUUUGGAGCCUUGCAGGAGGUGGCCGUGGGGCUGGUGCAGCCGGCCAGUGCCGUCCUGUAUGACUACUACAGCCCCGAUCACAAGUGCUCUGUGUUCUACUCUGCGCCGACCAAGAGCAAGCUGCUGUCCACCCUGUGCUCUGCAGACGUCUGCCAGUGUGCUGAGGGGAAGUGCCCUCGGCAGCGCCGGGCACUGGAGCGAGGGGUGCAGGACCAGGACGGCUACAGGAUGAAGUUUGCCUGCUACUACCCCCGAGUGGAGUAUGGCUUCCAGGUUAAGGUUCUGCGAGAAGAUGGCAGAGCUGCCUUCCGCCUCUUUGAGACCGAGAUCACCCAAGUCUUGCAUUUCUCCAAGGACACCAAGGCCUCGGUAGGUCAGACCCGCAACUUCCUGGUCCGGGCCUCUUGCCGCCUUCGCUUGGAGCCCAGCAAGGAAUACCUGAUCAUGGGCCUGGAUGGGGUCACCAGGGACCUCAAGGGAGACCCCCAGUACCUGCUGGACUCAAAUAGCUGGAUCGAGGAGAUGCCUUCUAAACGCCUGUGCCAGAGCACGCGCCAGCGGGCGGCCUGCGCCCAGCUCAACGACUUCCUCCAGGAGUACAGCAGCCAGGGGUGCCAGGUGUGAGGACGCAGGGUGCAGGACCCCUGAACCCAGGCCCCAGUCAGAGGCUCCCCGGACGAGGGGCUCCGCUUGACAGGGUGAAUAAAGGCUUUUGGCAGCAGA